CACUAAGCCAUUUAGUAUUAAGAUUAAACAAUUAAUUGGCCAUACCAGUCAAUUAGAGUUGUUCGCUUCUGUUGCUGCGGUUGUGAAGUGUUUUCAAGUGAUAUUCGACAAUAUGCUUAAUAACAUUAUCAAUUUCGCCAAUUACUGGUGGUUUCGCUAUCUAAUGGUGACUGAGCUAUAUGUAGUCGAAAAAUGGGAGCGUGUAACAAUACACGCCAUAUUUAUGAUUCUCUUCUGCGUGUUCUGGUACUUCAACUACUCUGUGCUGCUAUCACUAACUGGAAAUCUAUUUAAAUACACGCCAAUUGGAAACAUUUUGCCUGCAAUGCCACAAGCUGCGGGCAUCAAAGUCACAUAAUGGCUUUGGAAGCUAAAUACUAAUAGCUAAUAAAUUUUCUGCAAAUAAUAUUAGCUAGAUUGCU